CGAGCCCACCAGAGUCCGCCACCAUCCUCCCCGCGACGUGCUGUCCUGCUCUCGUAACCAUGUGCCGCACCCUGGCCGCCUUCCCCACCACCUGCCUGGAGAGAGCCAAGGAGUUCAAGACACGGCUGGGGAUCUUUCUUCACAAAUCAGAGCUGGGCUCUGAUGCUGGUAGCAUUGGCAAGCUCGAGUGGGCCAGCAAACACAGCAAAGACAGUAGAAACUUCUCAGAAGAUGUGCUGCGGUGGAGAGAGUCGUUCGACUUGCUGCUGAGCAGUAAAAAUGGAGUGGCCGCUUUCCACGCUUUCCUGAAGACAGAGUUCAGCGAAGAGAACCUAGAGUUCUGGCUCGCGUGUGAGGAGUUCAAGAAGAUCCGGUCGGCCUCCAAGCUGGCCUCCAGGGCCCACCGGAUCUUUGAGGAGUUCAUUUGCAGCGAAGCCCCCAAAGAGGUGAACAUCGACCAUGAGACCCGGGAGCUGACAAGGACUAACCUGCAGGCCGCCUCGGCCACGUGCUUCGACAUGGCUCAGGGGAAGACGCGCACCCUGAUGGAGAAGGACUCCUACCCGCGCUUCCUGAAGUCACCCGCUUACCGAGACCUGGCCUCCCAGGCCUCGGCGGGCUCAGCCUCUCCGUCCAGCUGCAACGUAGCCGAGCCUUCUCACACCUGAGCCUCCAUGGCAGGGAGGAAGCCAGCUGGGAAGAGGGGAGGUUGAGUCACCCAUCCCUGAGGCGGCCCCCGAGGGGGAGGCAGGUUCUGCAAAGAGGACUGCGAACGAAGAAGCCA